UGUCAGCAUUCAGUAAAGAUGGCUACAAUCUCUGAAGAUUCUAAUGGGAUUUCUUUGGAAGAUUUGGGUGAAGAUAUGAUGAACUAUGAAUUAUCAGAUUCAUCCAAGAAAGCACGAGAGGAACAUCAGGCAAUACUUGACGAGUUUGAACGAAAGAAACGUGCAAGGACUUUAGCU